GAGGCUCCGGCGGGGUUUGUCUGCAAGGUCGGCUGCAAAGCUGCAGCCCGAGGCGGGGCCCCAGUGAGGAGAAGCUGGCUUUGGCCCGUGCGAGCUCCUUUCUGCCUCUUCUCCCUGGUGCUGUGCCGCCUGCCAUGGCCAUGUGGACCGCCCUGAGGUUAGCCCUCCGUUCGGUCGCCCGCGCCGCGGCUCCGGGACCACGCUCCUAUCACGGGGACGCGGUGGCCACGCUGGGCACCCAGGCGGACUCGGCAUCUGCCAUCUAUCAGGAAAACUACGAACAGAUGAAAGCACUAGUACAUCAACUCCAUGAGCGAGCACAGACCAUAAAACUAGGAGGUGGUGAGAAAGCUAGAAAACUUCACCUGUCAAGAGGCAAACUCUUACCCAGAGAAAGAGUGGAAGGGCUUAUAGACCCAGGGUCUCCGUUUCUAGAAUUAUCCCAGUUUGCAGGUUACCAGCUGUAUGGGAAUGAGGAGGUCCCCGCAGGUGGCAUUAUCACAGGCAUCGGGAGAGUGUCGGGAGUAGAAUGCAUGAUUGUUGCCAACGAUGCCACUGUCAAAGGAGGUACCUACUACCCAGUGACUGUGAAAAAGCAUCUACGUGCACAAGAAAUUGCCAUGCAAAACAGGCUUCCCUGCAUCUACUUGGUUGAUUCAGGAGGAGCAAACUUACCUCGACAAGCAGAGGUAUUUCCAGAUCGAGAUCACUUCGGUCGCAUAUUCUAUAAUCAGGCAGUGAUGUCUUCUAAAAAUAUUACCCAGAUAGCCGUGGUCAUGGGCUCCUGUACAGCAGGAGGGGCUUACGUUCCUGCAAUGGCUGAUGAAAACAUCAUUGUGCGUAAGCAGGGCACCAUUUUCUUGGCAGGACCUCCCUUGGUCAAAGCAGCAACUGGAGAAGAAGUGUCAGCUGAGGAUCUCGGAGGCGCUGAUCUUCAUUGCAGAAAAUCUGGGGUAUCGGACUACUACGCAUUGGAUGAUAAUCAUGCCCUUCACUUAACUAGAAAGAUUGUGAGGAACCUAAAUUAUCAGAAGAAGUUGGAUGUUACCAUUGAGCCUUCUGAAGAUCCUUUAUUUCCUGCUGAUGAGUUGUAUGGAAUAGUUGGUGCAAACCUUAAAAGGACCUUUGAUGUCCGAGAGGUCAUUGCUAGAAUUGUGGAUGGAAGCAGAUUCAAUGAAUUCAAAGCCUUGUAUGGAGACACAGUAGUUACAGGAUUUGCUAGAAUAUUUGGAUAUCCAGUAGGUAUCAUUGGGAAUAAUGGAGUUCUCUUUUCUGAAUCUGCAAAGAAGGCGGCUCACUUCAUCCAGCUAUGCUGCCAAAGGAGUAUUCCUCUGGUCUUCCUUCAAAACAUUACUGGAUUUAUGGUUGGUAGAGACUAUGAAGCUGGAGGAAUUGCCAAGGAUGGAGCCAAGAUGGUGACUGCUGUAGCAUGUGCCAACGUGCCCAAGAUAACUGUCAUCAUUGGGGGGUCCUAUGGGGCUGGCAAUUAUGGGAUGUGUGGUAGAUCCUAUAGCCCAAGAUUUCUCUACAUGUGGCCAAAUGCUCGGAUCUCAGUGAUGGGAGGAGAGCAGGCAGCCAAUGUACUGGCGACAGUAGCAAAGGACCAGAAAGCACGGGAAGGGAAACAGUUCUCCAGUGCUGAUGAAGCUGCUUUAAAGGAGCCCAUCAUCAAGAGGUUUGAAGAAGAAGGAAACCCUUACUAUUCCAGCGCAAGGCUGUGGGAUGAUGGGAUUAUUGAUCCAGCAGACACCAGACUGGUCCUGGGUCUCAGUCUUAGUGCCGCCCUCAACGCACCAAUCCAGAAGUCUGACUUUGGUGUUUUUAGAAUGUAGCUGGAAUAGCAACCAUCUUUCAUUGGCCCUGUGCCCCAAACUAAUACAUGAGUAGCCUUAAGAUUUUAGACUUUUCAACAGGUGUUACAGUAAAUUUUUUUCCUCAACACAGUAAACCUCAAUUCUUUGGAAAUUUUCUCAAAAGAAAUCUUUUUUUGUGGCUCAGCUUUACCACCUGGAAAUUCCAGGUAUCCCUGAGGUUAUGAAAAUAUAAAAUUGAAUGAUUGCUUUGCUGAUUCUACACAAUGAUAUUUUAACAUGGUAAUUUUUAAACAGUAUUAUUUUUCCCCACAGCCAUCAUCAUGUUCCCUCCUGAAAUAGUCUGGUGGCUCAUUGUUGUCGCUCCGGGUUCUAUUUUCUAGCCAUUCUCUGCUCACCCAACACCUAUCUGGCUUCCACUGCCACAGCCUUCUCCCAGCUCGCCACUGGCCUCCACAUUGCCGUCAGUUUCCUUUCUGAAUUUAUCUGACUUAACUCUGAAGCUUUCUGGUCACUCCAACAUUUCUUCCUAGAAAUGCUGCACUUCGUCAGUGCUCCACCCCCUUGGGCUUGUUACCAACUUCUCUGGCCAUUCUAAUGCCACUCCAUUACAGGCCCCUCUACCUGCACUGACCCCUACCUCCCCACCCUUCCCUAUUUGCCUGAGUUUUCACUGGUCAUUCAUGAAUACAUCCUUACUCUAAGAGAUCCAAAUAGCAUAAAAUUAUUUCUUCAUUUUUUUAAUUGUGGCAAAAUAUAUGUAACAGAAUUUGCCAUUUUUACAACUCGACGUGUCCAGUUCUAUGUAGCUGCUGCCACCCUCCAUCUGUAGAACUUCUCAUCUUACCCUGAAACUUGUACCCCCUGAAUAUGCCAUAGUCCUCCCCAUUCCCAGCCCCUGGCAUGGCAAAUUCCUGAGUGCAUGUGUUUCUUAUGGCUUGGUUCAUUUCUGUUGGGCCAUUUCAGCCUCUCUGGCUUCAGUUGCUGGAAGAUGGGUGACUCCUGUGCUGACAGUUGUUAACACAGUUCUCCCCGGAGCACCAGGCCUGUCAAGUUCAGUCUUCAAGUUCUGUUGAUUGUGCUGCCUCCUCUUGAACUCCCUCGCUGUCUUUUGGGCCUGAGGCUCACCUAGUCCAGUCUGUCCGUCACUCUGGAAUUAAGAUUGCCUUCCUAAAGUGCACAUCUGGCCAUGCUCCUCUCUUGUUAAAAUAUUUUACUGUUCUUUAUGGAAGGACCCAACACUCUGCCCUCCAGGGUCGUGACCUCCAGACUCUUCUCCCAGAAUUCUCUUUUCAUACACCACGCUCAAUCAUUCUAGACUUAGAGCUCCUAGAACUGACCCUGGCUUUCCCACCUGAGGGCUGCCAUCACUCUCUGCCGCAACCCUGCAGUUCUCCCUUCUUCAAACACUUAACUUUUGUGUCUCUGAUUUCCCUGGGCUGGGUUAGAGACUACUAUGCAUGCUUAUAAAUAGCCUCCUGUUUCCUCUGUCACACACUGUCGCUUAAUUGUACACAUUUCUUUAAAAUUGUCCUCCUAAAGAAUGUAAGCUCCAUAAGAGCAGGGGUCUGCCUGUUUAUCUUGUAUCUCUGAAGCUUGGCAAUUGCAGGUGUGCAAUUUAAAUUUUAGUUUAAAUUUAAAUUUAUUGUUGAAUGAAUGAAAAAAUAUGCAUGUUGUAAUUGAUGUCCUCAGGCCAUGUUGUUUUAAACUAGUGAUUCAUGAUAUAAUCAAAUACAACUAUCAAAUGCUUUCUUAA